UUGCAAAUGUAAUUAUUUAGCCCAAUCAAAUUCAAUCUUUUAGAAAAUAGCCAACAACUUUAAUUUGGUUUUUUGGUUUAAAAAAAAAAAUAUUAUUAUUACAAAAUGUCCUCCAUCUCUUUAUAUGAAAAGAACUCGGAAUUAACAACACGAUAUAGAUAUACAAUACCAGUUCCAGUAUCAACUACAACUGCACUUCAUUAUCGACAGUUCAAGAAAUCAACAAGUGUAGCAUCAACACUGGGUUCAAUACCAGAAACAAGUGAUCUUUUAAAAAUGAAAGCUGAUGUAGAGUCUUUACUUCCCUUAUCAGAAAGAAGGAUUCGACAUUUGCAACGAGAUCUUUCUUUUAUUAGAAAGAAUGUAAAAAUGAAAGAGUCAAAUGAAGAUGAGCAAGAACAAUUAGAUAAACAGAACCAAUCAUCAAAAAAAGUAGGGAAAAGUAAACUUCCUGCAACACUGGAUAAGAUGCUUGUCAAGAAAGAAACUAUAGAUGAAUCUUCUAACACGUUACAUUCUCAUAACAAAGGUCAGAUGGAAAGACAGCUUGCAUUAGAAGUUCUACGAAGAAAAAGAAGAAGAGACGAAGACAGUAAUGGAGGAAUCCAAAAAACAAAAAACAUGCCACCUUAUGCAGUAACAAAAGCUAAGAAAACAGAGGAUACAGCAGCAGCAACGACUUCAACAAAAAUACAUUCAAAAACAGGUCAGAAUUCACAUACGAAAAAGAAAAAGUCGGUUGUCGAACAAAAUAGCUUAAAACAACGAUCAACUGCAGCUACUCAUCAAGAAAUUGAUUUCGUUCGUGUAAAACCAAAAGAUCAGAUUCCCAUCUUAACUUUUUGGUCAAGCCUUGAUCCCCAUUUUCGUCCAUUAGCAGAAGAGGAUCGACAGUUUUUAUUAGCAAGUGAAGAAGACGAACAAUUUUACAAGAUACCACCUUUAGGUCGACAUUAUGCAGAUGUCUGGUCAGAGAAUGAAUCAGUAUCAACACUGAUAAAUCCAACCCGACUCGGCAAUCGUUCUGCAUUAAAGCAUAAAUACCUUGGAUUGGAUCAGUCGUUCGUAAAGGAGCAUUUAUUUUGUGAAAAUAUAAGUUGUGGACAGCUUACAGAACGUUUGUUGAGUAGUUUAGUAACAGAGCCUUGUCAUGAUGAAGAAAUUACUGACUUGGAAGAUGAGAUUAAUGAUUAUGAUGAGCAUGAGUCUGAUUUAACUAUGGAAAAAAACUAUAAAAAUAGUCAAUUAUAUGCAACGCCAUCAGAAGAUGUUGUUAAGUUUGAAGAAAACUUGAAAAGAGAAUUACGUUAUGUUGGAUUGUUUGGUGAAGAUGAUGUGGAUUGGGAUUCAAAAGAAGAUGAUGAAAUUUGUGUAGAAUUAAGAUCAACUAUAAAAGAGUUAAAGGAACAAUUUGCAGUGAAUGAAUUUCGAAAAAAAGAUUAUUAAACGUGGUCGAUAAUCAGCUUCAAUAUGAACAAUAUAGACAUGUAUUAGAUAAUUUAGAUUCACAAGUAGAGCAAUGUUACUUGAAAAGAUUUGUAAAUAACGGAGAACUUUUUUUUUUUCCUAUUAAAAAAGAAAAAAAAAAGCUAACAAAUAUGCUUAUUUUAGAGGACGCAAAAAUCCAAGAAAAGAAAGAAUAUUUCUUCUUCGAAAAUAGUCUUGUCAGAAAAUGCGAUACAUACAAUAAAUAAAAGAAAGGCUUGGAUAGAUGCAUUAGAAGGUAUAUUUAAGGAUAAAAAUCUUAUUAUGCCAUCCCAUUCGAUAUAUACAGAAGAUAAAGAAGAAGAAUGAUAAAUGUAUGUAUUAUACCGACAAUUCAACAUACACACGCACGCACUCACUCACUCACUCACUCAGAAAGACUUUUUCUUAUAAAUUGUUAUUUGUAAUUUUAUUUAAUAAAUACUUGAUAUGUAU